UGUGUGUCAUUAAUCUUCUACUUAUGUUUUGAAUUUUUUCACUUUUUGCACUACACCUUUCCGGCGCUAACUCUACUCCAUUGAAGCAUACUCUGAAUUCUCCAUUAAAGCAGCUUCUGAGCUAUCUCUCCUCCAUUAAAGCAGCUUCUUAGGAUUGCAGGACGCUGUUGAUUGUGAAGCUAAAAUGGCUACUGUCCCAGUUAACCCAAAACCUUUCUUGAACAAUCUGACUGGAAAGCCUGUCAUUGUGAAGCUGAAGUGGGGAAUGGAGUACAAAGGCUAUCUUGUGUCAGUUGAUGGGUACAUGAACCUACAGCUGGCGAACACAGAAGAGUAUAUUGAAGGCCAGAAGACUGGAGAUCUUGGAGAGAUUCUCAUCAGAUGCAACAACGUACUGUAUCUCCGUGGAGUUCCUGAGGACGAGGAGAUAGAGGAUGCUGACAGAGAUUGAAGAAGAAUAACCUUUUUGCUCACGAUGCAGCUGAUAGAAUGUCAUGCAAAAACUCAGUUAAGAUUGAGUAUUAUUAAGCUCAUGUGAGAUGGUUAUUGUUAGGCGUAACUGUUAAAUUCCCUGGAUGUGAUACAUUUGAUGUAAAAGGUUAACUUUUCAUGAAAAUAGAAACUUCUUAUUUUGAUCAUUGCAAAAUUACGUAUAAUUGUAACAGUUGAUUAUAGAAUGAGGGUUCUGUCAAUUUGGGGACACGAUUUUCCUAAUAUAAUUACAAAAAAACUCAUCUCA